GUGGGGUCAGGGGUGAGGGGGUGAUCCGAUGCCAUGGCGACGGUCGUGGAAGUUUGCUGCCUCUUCCUCGUGGCACUCCUUUGGGGUGGAACAAACCCCUUUCUGAAAAAGGGCACGGAGGGAAUAGAGAAGGUUAAGUCUAGAAACAUUGUCAUUCAGCUCUUCGCAGAGGUUAAGUUUUUAUUUCUUAAUUACAAGUAUUUAGUGCCUUUUCUUCUCAAUCAAAGUGGAUCAGUCAUCUACUACUUCACUUUGGCAUCUACAGAUCUGUCAUUGGCUGUGCUUUUAUCAAACUCGCUGACAUUUCUUUUCACAUUACUGACUGGAAAGUUGCUUGGUGAAGAGAUUGGUGGCAAAUUGGCUCUGAUAGGAAUGCUGCUGAUUAUUGUAGGUGUUACGCUGUGUGUUGCCAGCACAGUCAACAAGGAGAGUUAACACCAAGACAGCUAAAAGAUUAAAUCGAGCUUUUGGUGGUAUUGCGGUGCUUGAUCAACUUGUAAAAUAAAGCUGACAUGAAGUAAAGAAUGACAAAUGAGAACAACUCUUACCUGGACGUAACUAAGAAUUGGAGAAGAAUAAAUAAUCACUGUCUAAGACAAACACUUUAAAGAUAUAAAACUGUCCCACUGUUGUUGUGUUUACAUUACAUCAUAGACCUCUACAGGGGAUAAAUACUCCAGCUGUCUUCAGUCAGUUGUCAGGUUAGAGUCAUUUCUGUUCUUGAUUUCUGUUUGGUUAGGAGUCAGCCUUUUUAGAUCAAUAUCUAUUAUUGAUCUUUAUUAAAAUGAAUGGGAGGAGCAGCCAUUUCCUGAUAUAGAACAAUAAUGUGUAUUUUCUUUACCCCAUGAUAUGUGACACAACACAUGAUAAUCAAUUUUUUUAAAGUCAUGCUGGAGACAGGUAUCUCCACUCCAGUGAAUGAGUGACAUUGAAAAAUUGUAAAUGAUAAUGUCAGUUUGCUGUCUUCUGACCCUUUAAAUGUAAUCCCAGAAUAAUCUUGUGUGACCUAGUAUUUUUUAAAAAAUUCUGUGAUGCCUUCUUUCUGCCACUAGAUGGUAUUAAUACAUUUAUAAAUGUACAAUUACUGAUUAACAAUGUUGUCCCAUAUGUAUCCAUAAAAUCAUAGGCAUGUGAUAGCUAUAUAUUUUCUAUGGAAUUUCCAAGAUUUUCUCAAAUAAUUGAGCGUCCUGAUGUGUGUGCCCAUAAUUGCAAUAGAAAAUACAUGGAGUUUCCCACAGGGUGCUCUGGGAUAUGGAAAUAAUUUAUCCCCUGCAUUAAGCAGAUGAGUUUAUGAAUCUGAAGGACAAAUUGGACAAAAUGCAAAUAGGUAAUCAUUGUGACCACAGGGAAUGACCUAUUGUGAAGGGAUCCUUUUAAAUAACAUUUGUUAUCCAGACAGAUAUAACAUUUGACUAAAAAUGAUUGUGUUUGACGUGAGUUAAUUUAAAUAAAAGACCAUUUUGUUUUGUA